AUGUCCAUACUUCAGGAGUUGGUUUAUAGUAACGACUAUGACAUCAUCUGUCUUUGUGAAACCUGGUUAAAUGAUUCUGUUCUAAACAAUGAAUUGCUUCCUGGAUAUUCAAUCCACCGCCGCGACAGACAAGCGCAGAUCGGUGGAGGUGUGCUAUAGUGGCCGUAAGAACAAAUAUAGAAAGCCGCCGUCGGGAAGACCUCGAAAGGGAGAACAUUGAGCUAAGGGACCGGUCAUUAUUUAAGGCGGGGGGUGGCACCGAAGAGAAAAGGGUUGGGUAAACAAAUUUUUGAGUAAGUAAAAGGUUGAGUAAAUGAAAAACAAAACAACUCAAAGGUUGGGCAAUAAAAAAUUAUUGUCAUUUCCAAAGCAUGACUCACUUAAAUAUUGGAGACUGAAAAGCAAUGCCAACAGUCAUAUGUAAAUACAAUAUGUGAAUCAAUCAGAGUCACUCUCUUGUCUAUCUUGAUCAUUUUCCGAUUUGUUGGGAGACAAAUGGUGUCUCCAAAGAAAGUACAUGUGCUGACAACAUGAAACUUUAGACUGCAGAAAAUUGCACAAGCCGUUAUCAAACUCGUGUCACAGAAGUGGUAAAGGACAUGUGCGACAACUGAAUGGUAUCCUUUUGUAAAGGUUUUGGCCAGGGGUGGGUAUUUAUUUUCUAAUUGAUAUUUGAGGUUGGGUAAUCAAAUUUUUUACUUUCUAAUGGUUGGGUCAGCAAAAUUUUCGACACGAAAAACAUUUCUCUUCGGUGCCACCCCCCACCAUAAAUAAUGACCGGUCCCUAAUCGCUGUUGAAAUUCACAAAAGUUGUAGUAAGCCAUUGCUCCUGUAUACAUUCUAUCGUCCUCCUCAAUCCCCGUCCAACGUUCUAAACCAACUCACUCUUCACUUCAAGACUCCCCUGAGUCCAGUUGCAUCGUCCAGUUGGGAGACUUUAACUUACCCACCAUUUCGUGGUCUGAAGAUCAGUCUGCACCGCUGAAUGCCAGAGGACUCGCGGAUGAUGACAUUUUCUGUAACUUUGUGGACGACAAUUUCCUUCAUCAAUCCAUAAAAGGUCCUAUACCCAUAUCGCUGGUAAUAAGCUUGAUCUAUUAUUGUGUAACCACCCCGAGGUUAUCGAAAAUGUUGCUGCAGUCUCUCCUGAAGAACAUAAUUUCCCGACAGAUCAUCACAUUAUAGAAUUUCGGGUUAAAUUAAGAUUUUUAAAAACGAGCAAAGCCAAUUACGCGUACGACCUACAAUUAUGAGCAUGGGAAUUUCAAUGACCUACGCAGCUUCCUUCUUCGUGAACCCCUGGACAUUGAUCUUUCAGACGAUAUUGAUGUUUGCUGGUCAAAAUGGAAGAAUUUGUUUUCAAAAGCAGUAGCCAAAUUCAUUCCCGUUAAAACAAUCAAGGAUACCAAUUCCCCACCGUGGAUCGACGGAGGAGUGCGUCACUUAAUUCGUAAGAAAUAUGUUGCUCUGAGAAAAUUUCGAGAAUCGAAAACCGUUGUAAGAAAGCUAAAGCUACGCACAGCUACUCAAAACGUCAAGAGUCUCAUCAAAAGAAAACAUCGCGAGUACCUAGCUAAAGUUGAAGACUCGCUCAGCAGUAACCCUAAGCAUUUUUGGAGCUAUCACAAAGCCAUUCUCCAUCAUCGGACUAGUCCAAGCACCAUAAUUACAUAUGACGGUGCCACAGCUAAAACUGCAUCAGAAAAAGCAAACCUUUUCAACCAAUAUUUCUCUUCAACGUUCUCACAUCCAAGCACUGAUAAUGCGGUCAAUGAAGUUACAUCAAGCCACUCAUUUCCUUUAAAGACGGACAUGCUACUAUCCAACAUUACCCUUUGUGUCGAAGAGGUCUCGGAUUGUCUAAAUUCCCUGGACACAACAAAAGCCUGCGGCCAAGACGGGAUACCCUCUAGGCUCUUGAAGGAAUGUAGUCAACAAGUUGCACCAAGUCUUUGUACCAUCUUCAACCACUCUCUCAUUUGCGGUCGCUUUCCUUUCGAGUGGAAAUCUGCCAACGUCACGCCUGUCCACAAGAAAAACUCCAAAGAACCAGCCGAAAAUUAUAGACCUAUUUCCCUGCUAUCAAUUGUGAGUAAAGUCAUGGAACGCUGCGUCUACAAUCACAUGUACGCUGACGUUAUUCAACUAAUUUCUCCACUACAACAUGGAUUUCUGAGAAAGCGUUCAUGUAUAACACAACUGCUCUCGGUACUUCACAACAUUGGUCAAAAUCUUGACAAUAACACCCAGUCGGAUGUUUUGCGGUACCUUGAUCUUGCCAAAGCAUUUGACUCGGUUGACCAUCAAAUACUUGUUGAGAAACUAAAAUGCUACGGCGUGGCUGGACGACUCCUGGACUGGUUCACUGACUACCUGAACGGUCGAACUCAAAGGGUUGUGAUCGACGGUGCUGUAUCCCAGUGGGUCCCUGUUACCUCCGGGGUGCCUCAAGGAAGUAUCCUGGGUCCCUUGUUAUUUGUUAUAUUCAUUAACGAUCUCCCUGAAAUUAUUCCAAAUGGUACCAAUACAGCACUGUUCGCGGACGAUACCAAAUUACAUCGAAACAUCUCGUCUCUGACUGACUGCGACGGUUUACAGCAAGCCCUCAGCAACAUUAACAUCUGGAGCCAGCAGAACAAUAUGAAAUUCAACAGCACAAAAUGUAAAGUUCUCACCAUGACACGCAAGCAAAAUCCUGUGGUUUACGAUUACCAACUUGGCUCUGCCAUAUAUCAGCAAGAGAAAGAUCUUGGAGUUACUAUAUCAUCCAAACUCACCUGGCAUCAUCACAUAUUUGUGUAA